AAAAAGGUCACAUGGAUUGCUGUUUGCAAAAAGUUCCAAGGCAGCUUCAGUGCGUGGUGUCUCACAGGCUCUUUCUGCGCCAGCUUAAAACUGUCAGCAGGUAGAAGGCCAGGCAGGGGAAGCAGAUGGCCUGCAUGUGUCUGUCUCUGUCAGCGAUCCCAGGCACUUUGCCUUGUUUUGCAAUCACAGAUCCUGGCAAUGCAACCUCUGAAACGGAUAUCUUAUCUGGUUAACAUGCAUGUUGCUAGCUUGCACUGUAAAGCAUGACUCUUAACAUUUUGCGGUUGCCCUUGUGGCUGUGUACUUUGAAAACCAGUCAAGAGAAGGUGCGUAGUGCUUCUGGAUCAGUGUGGUGUCUCCAGGGAUGAUUUGCUUUCUUGCCUUGCUGUUUCUUGUACCAUGCCUCCAAGCAGCACUUCCUCCAGGACUGCUGCACUCUGGAGCAGAUGGGUCAGAGUUAGACCUAUACAAGCAGAUCGAGGGGUUAUAAUGGCAAUUCCCACUUUUCAGGACCUGCUUCAGACACCAGAAUCUUUCUGUGAGGUCCACGCAAGGGUGGACAAUCACAAGCUACCAGCUAUUUGUGUGUAAAAGUCUGUAGUUUCUUUCUCACAUCCAAGGCUCUGAACUAAGCAGUAGCAAAGUUUAGUAGAAAAAGAUCAAAACUGACUGUACCAGAACGGAAAGGAGCACAUCCAUCAUUGAAGGCUGUUGUCACUCUUCUCAGCUUCAAGGUGACAAUUCAGAGGGCACGACUUCCCCUGCUGUAGGACUCAAGGGAAUCACCUCCUCCUGGGCCCCUCUCAUGGUCAGGGACGCUCCUCUGACUUCACCUUUGUCCUUGUCUCCUUUGCAGAAUGGCACCAGCUUCCAUGUGUUCGACCAAGGACGCUUUGCCAAAGAGGUGCUGCCCAAGUAUUUCAAACAUAACAACAUGGCCAGUUUCGUCCGGCAGCUGAACAUGUACGGCUUCAGGAAGGUGGUGAACAUCGAGCAGGGGGGUCUCGUCAAGCCCGAGCGGGACGACACCGAGUUCCAGCACCUCUGCUUCCUGCAGGGCCACGAGCACCUCCUGGAGCACAUCAAGAGGAAGGUGUCGGUAGUGAAAAGUGAGGAGACCAAGAUGCGCCAGGAGGACCUCAGCAGGUUGCUAUACGAGGUACAGAUACUGAGAAGUCAGCAGGAGAACAUGGAGUGUCAAGUGCAGGACAUGAAGCAGCAAAAUGAAGUUCUUUGGCGGGAAGUUGUUUCUCUCCGGCAGAACCACUCACAGCAACAGAAGGUGAUCAACAAGCUGAUUCAGUUUCUGUUUGGCCAGCUCCAAUCAAGCCCUAGCAGCACUGGGAUAAAGAGGAAGCUACCUCUGAUGCUUGACAAUGGGAUCUCAGCUCCACAAGUGGCCAAGUUCAGCCGGCAUUUGUCUACAGACCCCCUGCAUGACCCCUAUUUCAUACAGUCGCCGUCAACAGAACCUGCCUCUUGCUUAAACAGCCCUGCAAUUGCUGGAGGACCCAUCAUAUCUGAUGUUACUGAAGCAUCACCAUCCAACAUAAUAAAUAUGCAAUCCCCUCCUGAAAAUGACAGAGAGAAGUGCCUCAUGCUGAUCAAGGAAGAGCCAGUCAGCCCUGGAGUGAAAGCCAGCGCUGAGCCUGAUGUCCACCUGCCAGGCUGCCGGGCUUGCUCUGAGCCGCCUGUGCUCCCGGUCGCCAUGGUUCAGUCUGUUUUGGAAGGCAAAGGGAGCUGUGGUGCAGCCCCACCAGGGACCUCACAGCCAUCUGAGAGAAGAGGCAGAAGGGCAUUGCUGGACAGAACAGAUAUUUCAGACCCGUUGGAGGGCACGGACUGGAGCUUGGAAGGGCUGCAGCUGCUGCUGAGGAGCCAGCAGUACGGCCUGGAGCCCGCCAGCCUCUUGGAUGUCUUUAAUCCCAAUUUAUCUUUGAGUGAGUGGAAUUUGACUGAAAUGGAAGCCAGUCUGUCCCCGUUUAUAUUUUUGCAUCAAGAUGCAGCGACUCACAGUGGAUCUGGAGAAGAAUGCAACUGAGCUGCCCUCAAAAGUGUUCAACCCACCGUUUAACAACACCUGCCCAGGGAAAGAUGUCAUUCUUGAAAGCACCCAGCAGUUCCUCAUUGAUCGUCAGUCAAUCUUUGGAAACGACCUCAUCAGCUUGCCUGAAAGUUCAUCGCUUUAUGUUCCAUCUGAAAAUAUGGCUUCCUACCUGUCCUCUGUGGGUGUCCAAGGGGAUAUCCCAUUAAACCUGAGCUCUUCAACUGACAACAACCAGUGAUUUAGCUUCCCAGAAACAUCAUCUCCCUCCCACCCAUCCAAGCAUCCACAGGUUUGAAUGUAAAGAAACAAAAGUGACUCAGAAACCCACAAGAGAGUUUCUUUUUGUGCCCUUUCUUUUUGAGUAGAUGGAAAUGUUCAUUAGCUGUUGUAUUACCCUCCCUGCACCUGGAUUUCAGUGUUUGCCCAGGAUAACAAUUUUAAAACAAAAUACUGCUUCUGGUGCUUCCUCCUAUGCGGAGUGAGAGCUUGGCAGGAUUUUUUUUUCUUGAAAAUGCUUUUAGCAAUUCAAAAUC